AUGUUUCAUUUGCAGAAAAUUUGGACAUAUGAAGAUAGCUUGCAGAAGGGGUUCAAAAGCAAGAGGGUGCCAAGCAAGGAUGGCUUGAAGGUGUUCGUGGGAAAUGGAGAAAUAGUCAAAAAAACAAUUAAGAACAAAAGAAUCAUGUACACUUUGGCAUACAAGACUUGGACAUAUCUCAAAAGAAAGGAUGAACCUCUUAAGCAAAGAAUCUAUGCUACCACCACUAAAUCACCAUGA